AUGGGCGCAUCCGCACCAGAGCCGCCGCACGUUACGCAGCCGUCCGACUUCGAGAAGACGCGCAACAGCAUCGGCGCAGGCUUCAGGGAGCUUGGAGAGCUGAUCAGCCAUGUUCGCAAGCCGAUACCAAGGGGCACCGGCAACGGGACUGAUCUCGACGAAGAGGAGAAAUGGCACUUUAUCAAGCAGGUCGAAAGCGGCCUGCAAGAUCUCUCUCACCUGGGCGUCUCCGAUAUCUCCAGCCUGAUCGCCAUGCAACAUAAAGUCGCGACUGGACAAGUGAUUGACGACAAGCAAUAUCUGAUGGAGGGCUUGAUCAAGGCGGCCGCCGGUCUUCCUCAAGGGUCAGCAAACGGCAAGAAGAUCACCGACUCAUUUGUAACUCAACUGUGGAAUGACCUACAACACCCUCCCCAGUCGUACUUGGGCGAUCAGUAUGCAUACAGAACUGCUGAUGGCUCGUAUAAUAGUCUAAAGUUCCCCGGAAUGGGCGCGGCAAACAUGCCAUAUGCCAGGUCGGUCAAGCCUAUGACCGUGCAGCCUGGCGCCAGGCCUGAUCCCGGCCUUCUCUUCGAUGCGUUGAUGGCUCGUCCGGAACACUACGACUAUGAGGCAAACAAACAUCCUAACCGUAUUUCUUCGGUGCUCUUUUACGUAGCUUCUAUCAUAGUGCAUGACUGUUUCCGUACAGACCACAAGGACUACUCCAUGUCCCUCACAUCCUCGUACCUAGAUCUGGCUCCGCUGUACGGUAGCAACCAGGAAGAGCAGGAUAGGAUCAGAACUUUCAAGGACGGAAAGCUUAAACCCGACACAUUUUCCGAAAAGCGACUUCUGUCUUUUCCUCCUGGUGUCAGCGUGCUACUGGUCAUGUUCAAUCGCUUCCACAACUACGUGGUCGAACAGCUUGCUGCGAUUGACGAGGGCAAGCAGUUCUCCAAGCUCAAAGAUCCCAAAGAUAAAGUCUAUAAAAAGUUCCCCGAGGAGACUCAGGACUGGAAAGACACAAUCAAGGACAGGAAGUAUGAGGAGGCGCUCUUCCAGACUGGCCGAUUGAUCACCUGCGGCCUCUACAUCAAUAUCAUCCUCAUUGACUAUGUCCGCACGAUUCUGAACCUUAACCGAACGAACAGCAAAUGGCAGCUUAACCCAAGAGCUCCCAUCAAGGAUGGUCCAGAAUUAGGCGUCGGCAACCAGGUGUCCGCCGAGUUCAACCUGGUCUAUCGAUGGCACGCCACCGUGUCCAAGCGUGACGAGGAGUGGACAAAGCAGCUAUGGGAACAGCUAUUCGGUGACAGGGAUGCGAACACUAUUGGAGAGUACGAGUUCCUCGCGAAGCUGAAGGAAAUAGAUGAGAAAUCUCCAAAGGAUCCUGCUCAGCGUACUUUCGGGGGCCUGAAGAGGGAUGACAAGACGGGACGCUUCAAGGACGACGACCUGGUUAAGAUAAUCACGGAGAGCAUCGAGGAUUGUGCAAACUCGUUCGGCGCUCAACGCGUGCCGGCGGUGAUGCGAGCAAUCGAGAUUCUAGGCAUCAAGCAGUCCCGUGCGUGGAACCUUGCCACUCUCAACGAGUUCAGGAAGCAUUUCGGUCUGGAACCACACCGGACGUUCGAGGAUAUCAACCCCCAGGUAGCUGACGAACUGAAGAACCUUUAUGAUCAUCCAGAUCUGGUGGAGAUAUACCCAGGAAUCGUUGCCGAGUCAGCGAAACAACCCAUGGCACCAGGUUCCGGCCUCUGUCCGUCUUACACAGUCUCCAGAGCGGUACUGAGUGACGCUGUUGCACUUGUCAGAGGUGAUCGCUUCUACACUGUUGACUAUCACCCGAGGAAACUCACCAACUGGGGUUACAAGGAAGUUGACUUUGAUCUGGACGUCAAUAAUGGUUGUGUGUUUUACAAGCUUUUUGCCCGCGCCUUCCCCGACCAUUUCGAACCGAACUCCGUUUAUGCUCACUUCCCAAUGACUACGCCGGACGCGAUGAAGGUCGCGCUUAAAGAUCUCGAGUCUGACCAUCUUUAUACGUGGGAGAAGCCCAAGUUCAAGGGCGAGCACCACAUGACUUUCUCAUACAAGGCCGCAGAUCAGAUACUAGGUGAUCAGAAGCUAUUCAACGUGACUUGGGGACAAGCUAUGGAGCUCCUCAUGGGUAAGCCGGCCAAGAACUUCAUGCUUGCCGGAGACGGGUACCAGAACACGGAGUCGCGUAAGAGGAUGGAGAAGGCUCUCUAUAUCGAUGGCUGGAACCAAGAAGUGCGCAAAUACUACGAACACAUCACACAGAAGCUUCUGCACGAGAAGAGUUACAAACUUGCUGGUAAGAAGCAUGUGGACAUCGUCCGUGACGUUGGCAAUCUUGCACACGUUCACUUCUGCGCGGAACUCUUCAUGCUUCCACUCAAGACGGACAACAGACCGGGUGUUUUCACCGAGCACGAGCUCUAUCUGAUCAUGACUGCUGUAUUCGCUGCCAUCUUCUUCGACCUCGACCCAGGCUCGUCGUUUUCGCUGCGACAAAAGGCCGCCAAAGCAACGCAGACACUUGGUAAGCUUGUCGAGGCAAACGUCCAAGAAAUCAAGGCAGGCGGCAUCAUAAGUUCGGCCAUGCAGCUCAUCUGGCCAGAAUCAUCUCCGCUCCAAGACUACGGCAAGAAGCUCAUCAAGCGGCUCCUGGAUACGGAUACGUCAGUGCAUGAUCUUGUCUGGGGUCAGAUCUUGGGUACUGCGGGCGGAAUGGUUUCUAACCAAGGCCAACUGUUCGGACAGAUUCUGGAUUACUUCUUCACGAGGGGCCAAGAGCACCUCCCCGAGAUCCACAGGCUCUCGAAGCUGGACGACGACGCGAGUUUCGACAAACUGAUGCACUACGUCCUCGAGGCAUCGCGUCUGAAUGGCGAGACUGCCGUCAUCCGACAGGUCACUCAAGACACAAGCAUACAAGACGGCGACAAGACAAUGCACGUGAAGAAGGGAGAACGAGUGUUUGUCAACCUUCGAAGCGCCUCGCAUGACCCCGCCAUAUUCCCGGACCCGGACAAAGUCAACCUCAAUCGCCCGGUAGAGUCAUACAUCCACCUUGGCGCCGGCCCACACCAGUGCCUCGGCCUCAAGAUGACCAGGAUCUCGCUCACGUCGAUGCUCAAGGUCGUCGGUCGCCUGGAGAACCUGGCUCCGGUAAGAGGACCACAGGGAGAAGUCAAGAAGACGACGAAGAGGUUUUUCGAAGGCGACACGCUGCCUGAGAGCGUCCAUUACCACAAGUACUUGACGGAGAAUUGGGAUUCGUAUUUUCCGGUGCCGUGCUCUCUCAAGGUCUGCUGGGAUUGA